GGGGUGGGGAGGGCGGGGAGGCGUGUGGGUGGCCUGGGGAAGGGAGGGGGUGGCAUUAUGGAGCGUGGAUGUAGCUAUAGUGACAGUAUAGUCAUUCCAAUAACGACUCUUGCAAUCUGUACAGCCCACGUCAGGCCCAGAGGCUACAUACAGGCUGGACACACGGAUGCCCGGGACGACCAGAACAAAGUCCUUGGCUCAUUUUAGUCAUUCUUCCCUGUAUUGCCUCGCAGGAGUCUGUAUCCUUCCUGUAAUAGCGGCCCAAAAAUGAACAGCACAGUCCCGGUGAGGCCUAACCAGCGCCAAAUACAAUUCAAGGAUAACUUCGAAGCUCCGGUUGCUUACGUUGCUCUAAAUAAAAUCCAAGACUAUUUGUGCGGUUUCUGGCGGCAGUACAGUGAUAUCUGGGUCGGAGGUCACGAAAAGUUGCGAGUGUGGGGUGUGCGUGUGUGGGGAGUGGAAGGGGAAGACACAUAUCGAUUAUGGCAAUUAUGAGUAAUGCUUGACAGUUAUGUCAACAUUUGCCAAACGACUUUCUUUACGUGCGUGGAGCCAAGUGGUCAUGGGGACACAUGCGCCACUGGGCAAAGCCAACACUUGCCAUGCUUUCUUAAAUUCUGUCAUACUUCUGCUCCUAUUCGCCUACGAUAAAGGGACAGCACACAAACGCAUGUUCAACACCGCCGCCACCACCACCACCACCACCACCACUGCCCCCGCCUUUGCCCCCGAUCCCGCCGCAGGAGGAUGUCGAGCCAGUUGGACGGUCUUCUCACCCAGCUGGGAACUGGCAAGUGGUCCAUCCUGCACUUCCUUGUGCUUGGCUACAUCUCGUUGUUCACGGGGCCAAUCACCAUGGGCGGGGCAUUCCUGGCGCCCCGUCUCGAUUACUCUUGCCGUGUGCCCAGCAGCUCCUCCACCUCCACCUCCACCACCUCCUCCACAACCACCUCCUCCAUCUCCCCCUUCUCUUCCUCCGUCGCCUCUUCCGUCGCCUCCUUCACCUCAGAGUGUCAAUACACGGUCGACACACCAGAUGGCGCCAAGGUCGAAGACUGUGUCGAGUUUGACUUUGAUAAUUCAACUUUCUCCACCACCUUUACAUCGGAGUUCCAGCUGGCGUGCGGGCGGCAGUACCUCCAAACGUCCUUCCAGAGCAUGUACAUGUUCGGCAUCUUCGUGGGCGCCCCCGUCAACGGCUUCAUGGCUGACAAGUUCGGGAGGAAGCCCCUGGUGGUAAGCGGCGUGGUCUGCUACGUCGCCCUGGCUCUUGGCUCUGCGUGGUUGCCUUUCCUCUCCACCGUUCUCGCGGCUCGGUUCAUCCUGGGCUGCCUCCACGCCGUCUGCAAUUACUCCUCCUACGUCCUCAUGAUCGAGGUGAUGGAGCCGAAACUAAGGACGGCGUGCGGCUUCGUGAUCUACAACGCCUGGGCCCUGAGUCUGGUGCUGUACGGCGGCCUGGGCUACCUCAUCCGGGACUGGCGGGUGCUGCAGACGGUGGUGACCCUGCCCGGCCUGCUCCUGCUGCCCGCGCUCUGGUUCCUCGACGAGUCACCGCGCUGGCUCAUCGUGAGUGGCCGCUCCGAGGACGCCAUCCGGGUGAUACGGAGGGCGGCACGGUGGCACGGCGCCGACCUGCCCCCUGAGGAUGAGUUACGACACCUGACGGAGGGGGAGCCGCAGGAGGCGCAGAAGGAGGCGGAGGAGCGGUCUCUGCUGAACGUGGUGAAGGGCGUGAUCGGCGAGGCUUUUGUUUUGUUAAGGACGCCGCGGCUCAGAACCAUCACUCUGUGCUUGUACCUGAACUACUUGAUGGCGGGGAUGGUGUACUUCGGGCUGUCCCUCAGCGGCACGAGUCUCAGCGACAGCCCCUUUGUGUACAUGGUGCUGACGGGCCUCAUGGAAGUCCCCGCCUACACCCUCUGCGUCCCCAUCGUGCAACGCUUCGGGAGAAAACGCACGCUCGCCGUUCUGUUUCUCACAAGUGCCAUCGUCCUGCUUGGACUCCCUACCAUCCCCUCUGCAUACAGCUCCACGGUGGUGACCUUGGCCAUGAUCGGGAAGGUGGCCAUCACGGGGUGCUUCCAGACCGUCAUCUUCUACUCCAGCGAACUCCUGCCGACGGAGGUGCGAAGUCGGGGCAUCGGGACCUCCUUCAUGAUGUCCCGUAUCGGCGGUAUGGUGUCCCCCUUCAUCACGGACCUGGUGGGCACCUUUCACCCGUGGGCGCCCUUCGUGGUCUUCGGCGUGGGGGCGCUGAUGGCGGGGGCGGGCACGCUGCUGUUACCUGAGACCCGCGGGAAGACCCUACCUGACACCGUGGCCCAGCUGGAGGCGAGGGCGAAGGAGGCGCCGGUGAAGCAAACGAAAGUUCCGAGGAUUUUUUCAUGUCUGGCUUGAGUUCGUACAUUGACUGACUGACUACGUGACUGAUUUACCAACUUGCUGACGGACUGGUUGACUGACUGACUAUAUGGCUGACUGACUGACCGACUAGGUAACUGACUAACGGAUUUGCUGAGGAAGUGUGAAUGACUGAUUGACUGAUUAAUUAGAUGACGAAAGGGGUGGUUAGCAAACAGGCUGACUAAAUAACUGGCUGACAAACUGACUGAUUGACUGACAUGAUGACAGCAGGGUUGAUUAACGAAUUGUCUGUAUAAGCAACUGACUAACUUGAUGAACGGGGUGGUUAACAAACUGGCUGACUAAACAACUGACUGACGAACUGAAUGACUUAAAUCCUAACCGAGUGAGACGAGGAAGAUAUUUUGAGCUCGAGGACGUACGAGCCAAAGAAAUCGAACUGGAGACACAAAAACCGUCCUUGGUGAGUGUUGAGGAAGAGGAGUAGGAGGAGGAAGAGAGUGACAAGCAAAGUGUUCGUUCGCAAGACCCACAGUGCCAAAUUAAUGCAGUCAAGGCCGUGUGUGUGUGUGUGUGUGUGUGUGUGUGUGUGUGUGUGUGUGUGUGUGUGUGUUAAAGACCUACAGUGUCAAGUUAGUACAGUCAAGGUUGUGUGUGUGUGUGUGUGUGUGUGUGUGUGUGUGUGUGUGUGUGUGUGUGUGUGUGUGUGUGUGUGUGUGUGUGUGUCGUUUUUAAGAGCAUUGUUAUUUAUUGGACGCAUGAACCUCCUACUUUUAAGCCAAACAAACACAAACUUUCUUAAAAAAAAAAAAGGUAAAUAGUUAUCGUACCGGCCACAAGAGAUCAUUUGUGUUUGUUGUUUCUUUUUUCUUAUAAUUCGUUUCUUUAUAUGCAAGGAAAUAGAAAUAGAAAAGAAAUGGAUAAUGUACGUAGUUUUAUUCUCUGGUGUUCCCCCCCCCCCCUCUCUCUCUCCUUUAGGUCCUCCAUGGGUGACACGAGAGAGAGAGAGAGAGAGAGAGAGAGAGAGAGAGAGAGAGAGAGAGAGAGAGAGAGAGAGAGAGAGAGAGAGAGAGCAAACCAACAACAAAUAGCGUCUUCCAUUUAGCGUAACCCGUUUCUGGGUCGUGAUCUGGCGUGUUCCGUUUAGCGGAACCGAUCAGCUGACGCCGCAACCUGCACCCAUUUUGAUCCGAAAUUGUAGGUACUGUAUGCCAGUUACAUAUUUAGCCAUAGAUAUUUGCCGAAAACCAUGAAUAAUAAGUUAAAAGUGGUGCAGUGGGCGGGGCGUUGAAAUUUUAAUUUCGGGCCCGGCAAGAGGCCUGUAGUGGCUUUCAACGAUAACAGUUGGAUGAAUAAAUGUGUGGAGAGCCAUACAUGUAUGGCGGGCAAAGGGUUUUGUGGCCGGGCGAGGUAGGGGAGGGAAACGCGACGGCUGUAUUUUAUAUAGAAUAGCACCCACCCGGAUGUCACACUGGCCCUGUGUCCCGGGGUAAUGGGCUCCCUCCCACCACAGGCUCAAGGGCCAAUACGACGGAGAUGAGCACCGAGGCCACGCGCUGCAAUAGCGUAUGCCCCCAACUUUACCUUUACCUUACAGUGACUGACGUGUUUAUUGCCGAUACACGUCGAUUUGUUAUUCAUCAUUGUUAUAACCAUGGGUAGGCUGCUAGUUAAUUUUCAUAAUCAUUGGUAACCCCUAUUUAUGCAUAAUGUAAGGAUGAAUAGUUUGUUUCAGUGUGUGUUUUUUGGGUCACUGAUACCACAAAAAAAUACCAGUUAGGUUAGAUUAACAAUGAGUGAAGCAGUAACAAUUCAAUAUUAUAUUUAAAUGGUAAUCGAUUGCUAAUCUAGCAGCAGUAGAUUGCUAUCCAUCAAGUAAGGUUCAGUUGCCUUAGGUUGUAGUGCGGCACCUAGGCCUGAUAAGGGAGCCUCCCAUAACCCACUUGGCGAGUGGGGUACCUCUUUGGCUGACUCUGUAAGGAGUGGCUCUCCCGUCACGCUGGUUGCGGGUUCAAGAUAAGUACAAGAUUACUAAUUAUGCGGCUAUAGGUCCAAAUAUGUUAAGUUUCCUAAAUGACGAGUUUUGUUUAAAAUUAUAUUCAAUCAUUUUUGUUGCCGAGGUAUAAUUUGAAGGCAUGAAUAGUAUUCCAAUUGUUGUAGAAAGUAUCCAGUUUGGAUUAUCAAAGGUGGCAUACGCUGGGGGACGCGUCGCCUCACCCACCCUACAACGUUAAGUCCGAGGGUCCCUCUGGACAAGUCUCUAUGCAGGCCCCCCUUUCAUCCUGAGUACCUCCUGGCAGGAUUUAUCAACUUGCUCAAGUCACAAACUGUUGGUGUCAUUAGUUUCUUCUAAUCUUAGGAGUCAAAACUGUAAAGUCAACAUGUACCCAGUUAUGAUAAUUAUUAAUAGUUUCAUGUAUUUUUUUAAUUUCGAGUCCACGUGUUCCAUGAAUGUCCCCAAUCACACCUGGGAACCCAGCAAUGUCUUGAUAUUCAGUUUUUCUUGAUUAAUCUGU